AGAAGUGUUUCUAGAAUGGUGCCUGGGAUGGAGGGGUUGUCAUAAGAGAAGAGGUUGAAAUCUAUCAAAUUGUUUUCUAUUGAAAAAAGAAGAAUUAGGGGGGAUCUAAUUGAGGUAUGGGCUUUAUCGGGCAGCAUUUAGUGGAAUUUCUAAUAAGAAAUGAUCUUGUAUCAAAAGUACGUGUUGUCGACAAGGUUCCUCCUCAGAUAGCAUGGCUGAACAAGAGUCGUCAGGAAUUGUUUGAACACCCUCUGGUGGAGUUCAAGAGUGCUAAUCUCAUUAAUGCAGCAUCUUGUCAGAGUGCCUUCACUGACCCUGAGGGAGAAUAUGACUUUGUUGUAAACUUAGCUGCCGAAACCAAGUCCGGACAGUCAGAUCCUGUUUAUAAGGAAGGUAUUGUGAAAUUGAGCAUUCACUGUGCCAAAGAAGCAGCCAAAAGAAAAGUUAAGAAAUAUGUAGAACUGUCAUCAGGAUACAUGCAUUCUAAUGAGAAGAAACCUGCAAAAGAAACAAGCAAGCUAGAUCCUUGGACGUUUAUGGCAAGGUUUAAGCUAAUGGUAGAAGAAGAACUAGCUAAUAUUCCUGAUCUCAACUAUGUUAUUCUACGACCUGCUAUUGUGUACGGGAUAGGGGAUAAACAAGGCAUUACUCCAAGACUAAUUGUUGGAGCAGUCUACAAAUAUCUGGGAGAAAUGAUGAAGUUACUCUGGACGAAAGACAUGAAAAUGAAUACAAUUCAUGUGACAGAUCUUUGUCGAGCCAUCUGGCAUGUGUUCACCAACGGAAGUAACAGAGAAAUUUACAACGUUGUGGAUAAAGGGGAUACAACUCAAGGAAAGAUGAGCAGCAUUAUCUCUGAAAUUUUCAACAUCAAUCAUGACUACUGGGGCUCAGCUAUGUCAACUUUAGCCAAGACAGAUAUGAAGUCACUUGUAGAAGACAUAAACGACAAACAUAUGGGUCCAUGGGCUGAGCUCUGUAAUAAGGACGGCAUAUCCAACACUCCUCUCAAUCCAUACUUGUAUGAGGAAUUUUUGUAUGACAGAAACAUAUACCUGGAUGGAAGUAAAUUAGAAAGCACUGGAUUUUGCUAUGAAGUUCCUAAUAUCACUUUAGAUAGAGUGAAAGAGAUUCUACAAGAUUAUGCUGAAAUGGGACUGUUUCCAAGAUCUCUUCUGUUGUGACAUGGCCAAAUCUUCAUUCAGCAAUUGAGCAGUGAGAGAAUAUGAAAAAUUAGAAAACCAUCCUUUCUAGUCACUGGUGUGGAAAGGAAAAGCUUGAAAAAUAUUCUACUACAAAAUAACUAAACAUUUAUGCAUUUCAUGCUUCAAACAAUGUUUGUUUCUGCUGGUAACAAAACACAUUUUACACUUGUUAAUGGUACAGCUUAAUGUUGCCAUCAACACUUGUUUUUUUUUAUAAUACAGUAAAUAUUUUGCUUUUUGUGUGCCAUUUUUGUGUCAUAUGGAAUAAUGAUCUAACAUGAGGUCACCUUAAUUUUGUUUGAAUUUUGUAUUAGCAUUGUACUAGUUUAGGGAUUAUUGUCAAUCAUGCUCAAACUUUUAGUUUUCCAAAUGAUUCAGGUUUUUAUUUUAUCAUAAAGAAAUUAAGACAUUCUGUAAGGAAGUAUUGGCUGAUAUUGUAGGAACUUUACUGAUAAGCAUAGUUUGUAUGGAGCACUUAAUAUCUUAAAUGUAUUAAAUCAAUAUCAUAAAAGUGUUUUAAAAUACAUUUACUCCAUUGUUUAAUAAAAAACAUCUUGACUGUACUUUACUGAUGAUGAUCAUGUUCCCUUCAUUAAGCAUCACCUUGAGCAAAAAUGCUUAAUAGUCAAACCAGUUAAGCUUUUAAACAUAAAAGUAUUGUGCUUUGUUUUUCAACAUUAUGCUAUAGGCUAAUGGCUGAAACUUGGACAUUUUUGGUAUUACUAGUUUUCUUGUAUCAAUCAGACAAAUAAAUUACAUACUUUCCCUGUGUUGUUCAGAUGUGAAUAAAACACGAACAUUCUGUAAAUCAGUUUAUCUCAAAGUAUGCUUUUAAACUACAUUGAUAAAUUUAUUAUUAAGGCUUACAAAAUCAUAAUUUCUUCAACAUUCACAUUGAAUGUAACUAAAAGAAAACCAUGCCUUGUUAACAUGAUUUUUUCACUCAAAUGAUUGUGAAGUUCAAUUCUUUGUGUACAUGAAUAUUAAUUUAAAAAAAACAUUUUGUGUACUGUACUGUACUGUAUUAAUAUGUUGUAAUAAUAAAGCAAUAUAUCAGAUUUGUUCACUACUUCAAACUAACAUGUUAUCAAUAUAGUUUGGGCAUAAGUUUGUUCAGUAGCCUAUGUGAAGAACUAAAGCCUCGGUGAAAAUGAUUUGUAUGUUCUUGUAGCAUAGACUUUUGUUUAUCAUAAAAUAGUUGUUCAUCAACAAGCAACUGCAGUUUAAUCUUCAUGAAAAGCUAAAAAUAGUAACAGUUAGGCCAAAUAAGUAUAAUAUGAAAGCAUUGUAAUUCCAAUAGAUUUGCAUAUCUAUGUGUAGUUUGUCAAGUUGUUCUUUAAAUCUCUGUUAUUAUCUGUGUAACUGAAUGUGAAAUCAUUGUAUAUGUAUAUAAGGAAAUUUGAGUUCUAAAGCCUUUGCUGUUACCAUUUAGUUCUGAUGGACAAGUGCUGCCCCCCUUAAGAUGAGUGCCUAUUAAAAGUCAUUGCCUUCUAUCUUUUUUUUUUUAUUGUGGGACAAAAGGAGAUAUUUACAUUUAUUUUAGAUAUAUAUAUAUAUAUAUAGUUUUCAUGUUUUCUAGAUCACGACUAUUAUUGAUAAAUCACCAAAAUACUUAAGCUUAUUAAAGCAAAUAUAUUUCACCAUUCCAGCAAAUUCUUUCAAGACAGAUUAUGAUUUAUUGUUGCAUUAAAAACUGUUUUUUGAUUAAUGCACAUGGAUUUAGUGCUUAAGUGACCAGAAUUAUCCCUAAACAUUCCAAACACCAUAAACUUAGUACUUAUAUAGAAGUGUGACUUUACUUUUUUAAAACCCAUACAGUUUUAAGCAUGUUGUAUUUAAUUUGUUUCAAACAACAGGAAUAAUCAUCCUUAGUUAUUUUAUUUCAAUAAUAAAAAUAUCAUUUGUAUAAAUAGGCAAGUUUAACACUGUUCCAGAAUUUUUUUAGCUUUCAGUUUGUUUAAAAGUAAUUUUGUUUUUUGAUAUCAAAAAAAUUUAAAAUGCUUAUUUUUACAGUUAACUUCUAACCUGUAGAUCAACAGCAGUGUGAAUAUUCAUCAAAAGUUUUACUAAAUAUUUUGCUACAGAAUCUGUAAAAGCUUUAGUUCUGGUGCAUCAAAAAUAUAAUAAGCUUAUUAAAAGAAAAAUUAAGAGAAGUGAGACUAUUCAUAGUGGUAAUAAGUAUUGUGCUUACCAUUUUAUGGUUAUCGGAAGUUAAACUAGGAACUUUAUUAUAGUUACAAUCCUUUUUUUUUCUUUUUGCCUCUUAGAAUGCACAGAUCUCUGUUGGUCAGUAGAUGCAUCUCUAAUAUUGUUUAUUCACAUUAAUAAGAAAAUAAAGCUUCUCAAAAAUUGAAAGAAAUCAUCUUUGAGCCAAAACAUUUUCCUUCAUGUUACUUUUGUCUUAAUACAUUCAUGGCUAAAAUUUUUUAAGCUUUAAUUGGGAGUGUUUUUUCACACUUUGAAGUUAUACUUUAAUGUUUAUAAAGAAUUUCAGGAAGCGCAUACUUUUUGUAUUUAUCAUGUGUCUGUGUAUGUAAAAUUCUAACUGGUGUAAUUAAGCAAUAGUUAAACCGCUGGACAGUAUUGGAUUACAUACAUGACAUGCUUUGUUUGAUAUUAUGAUGCAUGAUUGAUAUUUUAAUUGGCUUGGUCAUUAUAAUCAUAUAUAUUUACAAUUAACCUUUUUUUCUGAAUUUGCCAAGUUGUCAUUAUGUAUUUGAAAUGUUGCAAUAUCUUUAUUUAAGGUUACUCUUUAUUUGAUACGUUUACUUCUUUAUGCUUGUUGUAUUAUCACAACAAAAUAUAAUAAGGUGCUGGAACAAGCAACCCUAGAAGCCAGGCAUGUAACACAUGUGAUUUUUGCCAUGCAUAUGUACAGUGUUCUAGAAAAGGCCAAGAAAAAAGUAGAGAUAUGUAACAUUAAAAAUCUAGUUUCCACUUCCAAAUUCUUAAGAAUUUUUUAAUACUUUGCAUAGACUGCUGAAAAUAUUGAUAAUUCCCCAUUUAAUAGCUUUUACAAUGUAUUAGUUUGAUUAAAAAUAUUUAACCAAAAUGUGAUUCAAAACUAAGACUAACACAUACAAUCAAAUCAUGCAAAGCUUCAUUCAGGGUUAUUGCAUGUUUAGAAUUGGAGGGGAUAGUAAAGUUUAUUUCUUUAAAUUUACAAUAGCUUGGUAUAGUUUAGAUCCUACUUUGUACAGAGCAAACAGAAAAUAAUUCAGUUUGAAGGGAAAAUAAUAUCUUUGAAAACAAAGGUGCAAGGAGUAGUUUACUUUAUUUUACUAAAAUUAAACAAAAAAUAAUCUGUCUUUUUUUUUUUUCCAUGAGUAUCAUUUUAUCCUGACUUGUUGUGAAACUUGAAUAUCAAAAGGGCAGAAUGUGAUGAAGCUUAUGCCUCAGGUUUAACUUGGAAAGCUGCCUAUAAUUCAAUGACUUCACUAUUUAAUCAAUAUAAAAACCUAAUGCAAGUUUUUAAUUUUUUAUCUUGGUGAGGACAUUUACCUUGUACCCUACACAUGUAUUUAGUGAUUCUUUUAAGUUAAGAACCUCUACAAAAUGGAUGACAGCAUUUGCGGUGUUAUUGUCUUGACUAGCACACUUACGGUUGAAUUUUUUUGCCAUGGGCUUUUAUGUCCUAAUUUCUAGGACUGCUGUUUGUUAUGAUAACUUUGUUUUUAAAGACAUAUUCAAAGCUGAACAAUGUUGCCAGUUAUGUGCAAAGCUUAUUAAAACAAAAGUUUUAAGUGUUUAUUGGUAAGUCACACAAACACGUAUAUAUAUGUGUAUACAUUUGCUAAUAAAAAAGCACAUUAUGGAAAUUUAAUUUCCAGUUCUGCAUUUAAGUUUAUUAAAAUUCAUAGUUUGUGUAUUUUGUUAGUUUAAUUGUCUGUGUAGUUGUGCCGUUCAUUAAUUGUUUUCUCUGAAUGUCAACCAAGUAAAGGAUGUUUACAUCUUUCUCUCAGCCAUUCCUUUUUUGCUCAGGUGUUUUUAUUUUUAAGUAACAAGAUAAAGAAAUUGAAUACAGUACUUCAUUGUUAUGUUACCAUUUUUGCAGUAAUUCCACUUAUUUUGUUAGUGAUGCCAUUCUUGUUUAUAUAAUUUCCAUCUUAACAGUAUGUGUCUGGUAAGAAAAAUAAAAAAUAUGGUAUGCACAUAAUUUUGCAGUUAAAAGCACAAGGCUGAGAAACAUGUAGUUAAUUUAAAGCAUCAUUAGGAAAGGUUUCCAGAUGCUGCUUUUUAUUGGGUUUUGUGUGAGGGAAACUGAUGAGCACCAGUAACUUUUUGAUCUAUAGACUAUCAACAGUCAGACAUACUUUUCUUUAAUAGAUAAUCAGUGUGUAUUUUGAAUAUUUAAACUUUGUCUGUUGCUACAAGUGCUCUUGUUUUAAAAUAUUUUAAUAUUUCCACCAUUAGGUAUUGUAAUUAGCACGUUUAAAACAACAAUUACAAAAUUCAUUGCUUUUUUUUGUAUGAAGUGGACUUAUGCUUGUAAUGAGUGAUUUCCUCUUUUUACUUUACUGUGAUGUGAAUUUGUUUCUAUAUUUGCCUUUUUUUUUCAGAUUGUCUUAAGAUAUAUUUCUUUUACAAGUAGUUAUUGUUAACAAAAAUGGAUAUCAGUAUACUUAGAAAAUAAAGUUCACUUAUUAAAAUAUGAUAAAACUUUUCAGAAGUAGAUAUGCCAAACCUAUAGAACAGGAUCUGUCAGCAAACCUAAUUGGAGUUGUUCAUCUGGAAACAACACUUCUCCAUAUUGUUCCAAUGGAUAAAUUAUAAGUAAGCAAAGUGCAGUUUUAAAAAUUGUUAGAUUCACAUAUACAUGCUAACUUUUCUAGGCCAUGAUGUUGAAUGUUUCAGCAUUUUUUUAGGAUUUUCUUUAUAAAAUUAGAGGUAAUAUUUUCAAACAAGAAUUGUUAGGGCAUUAAACUUUACUGUACUUAAUAAUACUUGAGAAUUUAAGAUAGGCAUGUGUCAAAUACAGAUAAAUUAACUUUGUUUAUGAAUUAUGAUAGACUUAAUAUAACAUUAAUAAUUGACAAUUAAUGGAAUAAACACUCGGUGCUCUUUUGCUUAUUUUAGUAUUACACUCCAAAAUCUAGAUUGGUUUGGUAACAAAAAUAAAUAUUUUAUGAAGUGUGAUUAACAUUACAAAUCCUGGUUGUGUUGUAAAAUCAGUUUCAAUCAAUCCAAUAACAAUAUAGUAUUUUUUUGUAGUAUACAAACUUUUCAGUUUUUGUAUUAAAAACACAGUUUUUUCAAACACCUAUGUAUUUUUCAAAGUAUUUCUUCAAGGGUAUAAUCACUCUGAAACAGAACUUAAUAUGUAUUAAAAGUAAAAAUUCCAAAAUCUUUGUAGCCAAAAGAAAAACAUAUAUAUAUAAUAAUGCAAAUCUUCAUACAAAAGAUGAAAUUUCACUUCAAACGUUUGUUUACGUUUUAAAGCACGUGAUACUUAGCAUGCCCACUACAAUUUCCUGUUAUCCUAGUUUUGGCUUUUUAUCAUGCUAUGGUACUUUACAAUCUCAUUCAAAUGUUUCAUUAAGCUAGUGCAUUAACUGUACUAUAUUUAAUGUAAAAAAUCGUACAAGACUGAGGAGAUAUUGUGGUUUAAUUUUUAUCCAUCAUUUCAAAAAACUAUGUGACGUUUUUCACACAGUCUCAAACUGUUAAGCUUUUACAAGCAAUAAAAAAUAGUGUUUAUUCUCUGAAAUAAAGAUAAUUCAAGAUUAAUAGUUUCUUAGAUUUUAUGCAUACUAGCAUCUUUUUUUCAAGUUAAGUACCAUCUAAUAAUUAUAAGAUAUGUAUUAUGUCGAUCUCACUUGAUAUUCAUUAUGCAGCACCUGUAUGUAACAUUUAUUAACUAAUACAUGAAAGCUACUGGUAUGCUGAAUGUUAUUCCCAUCAUCUUAUGAACAUGUUGAAUUUUAACUAGUAAGCUAUUCACUUUAAAAGAAAAGUAGAACCAGUUUACUAACAAAAAUUCACACAAUGAAGUUAUUUAAUCUGAGGUCUUGUACAAAGUUUUAUCUUUCAAACAGAUAUAAUCCACAAUCACUAACCUUCUGUAUACUGUAGGUGCUACUCCCAGUGUAUUGUAUGGUAGAUAACUAUCUUGAUUGUUGGUGUGAUGACAAUAAAUGAUAUUUAUAUGACACAACUAAACAAUAUGAUUAAGUGAUCAGGUUAGACAAAUGUGUUGAUGAUGCAGCAUUUGUCAGUGCAUCUAAUGACGUUAUCACAGUAGUGCAAACUAAACUUACUGAUGAGUUUCUGUUAAGUGUUUAUUUACAGUUUACAUCAGAAAUCCAAAACUCUACUUCUACUAAGAACUUAAACAACUCUUCAGAUUAUUAACCUAUAGGCCUGAAGCUUUAACCAACUGCUUAUAAAUGACAUGCAUGAAUAAAUUUAUUCUGGUAAUUGCCAUUGUUCUAUCUUGGGUAAUAUUGCCAAAAAAAUUCAUCAUAAUUGGUUUUACAGGUCAAGUCAAAAUGUAAAAUUUUUGAAUUGUGUGAAUAUGAGAUAUUUACAUCAAAAGUUAUGUACUUAGCACAAUAAAUCAUUAAUUUUGGUGAAACAUGCACAUAACCAGUUUUUCAACUCGCUUACUUGUGCUAAAGACUUUAUCAGUACAACAAACUUCCAUAUUUUUGAAGAUUGUUAGAUAAGUAUGUCUUCUGUAAACUACUUGGUCUAGCCACAAACAUUUGUAAGGCAGAAGUCGACCUGCAGUAUUCUUUUAAUUUUAAAGAACUUGCUGUAAAAUCUGUACAGUGCAACAGAAAUGAAUAAAAGUACCUUAAGUACACCUUUAGCUGAAACUCAACAGUUGCAUUUGUAACUUUAAUAAGUAAUAAAUUUUUAAGUACUUAAAGAAAUCUGACCAAAUGGUUCAAUUACAGAUUCACGUAAAUUGAUGAACAACAUUGUCUUGUAGGUAACAUUUAGACAUACUAUAAGAGCAGUAUUCAUUCUUUUCAAUAAGGUAUUCAAGGUUUCACAAAACUCUGAUUCAGGGCGACAAAUCUAACCUCAUAAUUUAUUAAGUUUUGUUGAAUCAUUAAUAUCAAUAUAUUUGGACUCACUUUUGGAUAAGAAAGUUUACUUUAAAAAAAUUUCAUUUAUUAAACUUUGUAUAUUUUAUUUUGUUGUCCAUGCCUUACACCCCCCAGUGGCAAGACUUAUAACAAAAAUCUGGAUUUUGGUAGCUGUGGUGGGCACAGUGCAGAUAGCCAGUUGUGUAGCCUUUUGUGCUAAACUACAAACAAAACCAUGCCUUACAUUUAAAUCAUUUUGUCAGGAUACUUGAACAGCAGUAGUUACAAAACAUUUAAAUAUACGUUUUAAGUAACACUGUGUUCUUUUAUCAGUUAUGAAUAUAGAUAUCUGUGCAUUUCAUCUGAUGUAAACCUAGCACUUUCUAAAUAAUUAUUUAAAAAAUAAUAUUGUAAAGUAAUAGAAAGUCAGUUUGUGUAUCACAAGUUUUUUUUCUAACAACUGUGAACUUUGUGUUUUUCUACUUUAGGCUUAGGUGAUUGUAAAAGUCAUUAUUCAUAUAUAAGGGUAGUUUUUCACUUUAUACUAAAACUUUGACUCUUGUUUUACCUGUUUACAUUUGAUCAUGCAUGUUAGUAAAUCUUUCUGCUCAAUAAAGCUCAAAGUAAUCUA